UCUCGGGGGCCUCUAGAAACCACAGGACCGGGCAGCGGCCCCGCAGCCGGCAGGAUGGCAGAGGGCAAGGCGGGCGGAGCCGCGGGCCUCUUCGCCAAGCAAGUGCAGAAGAAGUUCAGCAGGGCUCAGGAGAAGGUUCUGCAGAAAUUGGGGAAAACUGUAGAAACCAAAGAUGAGCGAUUUGAACUAAGUGCCAGCAACUUCUACCAACAACAGGCAGAAGGCUACAAGCUGUACAAGGAUCUGAAGAACUUCCUUAGUGCGGUCAAAGUGAUGCAUGAGAGUUCAAAGAGAGUAUCUGAGACCCUGAAGGAGGUCUACAGCAGUGACUGGGAUGGGCAUGAGGAGCUGAAGGACAUCGUGGGGAACAAUGACCUCCUUUGGGAAGACUAUGAAGAGAAACUGGCUGACCAGGCUUUGAGGACCAUGGAAAACUAUGUGGCCCAGUUCAGCGACAUUAAGGAGAAAAUUGCCAAGCGGGGCCGGAAACUGGUAGACUAUGAUAGUGCCCGACACCACCUGGAGGCCGUGCAGAAUGCUAAGAAGAAAGAUGAGGCUAAGACUUCCAAGGCAGAAGAGGAGUUUGGCAAAGCCCAGGCUGUGUUUGAAGAUCUGAAUCAGGACCUGCUGGAGGAACUGCCUGUUCUGUAUAAUAGUCGGAUCAGCUGUUACGUGACUGUCUUCCAAAACAUUUCCAACUUGAGAGAUGUGUUCUACAGAGAGAUGAGCAAGCUGAACCACAAUCUCUAUGACGUGAUGAGCAAGCUGGAGAAGCAGCAUUCCAGCAAAGUCUUUGUGGUGAAGGGACUGCCCAGCAGCAGCAGACGCUCCUUAGUCAUCUCUCCCCCAGUUCGAACCUCUACAGCCUCCAGCCCUGUGACCUCGCCUACCAGCCCCUCGGCUCUCUCUGUGACCAGUGAGAGUGAGUCUGUCUCAGCAACAGAAGUGCUGACCUCUCACCCCGUAGAUGGAGAGGAUAGCUGUGAGGGCAAGGAGUCCUUAAAAGAUGAGGAAGUGGAGGAAAGCCAGUCUGAAGCAAGUUCUUCAGAGGAGGAAGAGCCCCUGCCAGCCUGCAAUGGCCCCACCCAGGCCCCACCCUCUCCUGCAUCCCAGGAGGAAGCUGCCCCGAGUUUCCCAGCUCCGCCCCUGGGCAGAGGUCAGACCCCAACGGAGCAGACCUCCCCCUCAGAAGUAGUCCUCCGCACCCGCACCUCGAGUGAAGGAGCUGAGCAGACCAAAAAAGGAGCCUCUAUCCAGAGGACAUCGGCACCCCCUAGUCGGCCUCCACCACCCAAAGCCCCUCCGAGCCCCAGGCCUGCCUCGGGCAGUGGGCCCUGCAGCCCUCCAGCCUCUGGAGAGGGUUCACCCCUCAGCCCCAGGGCCCCCUUAGAAGCCUCUUCCAAUCCAGAAGCACCGGAGAAGCCACUGAGAAGCCCUGAGGCCGUAGAAAAGGAAAGCACCAGCUGUCCAGGCCCAGAAGAACCAUGUGCCUCCUCCCCUGCGAGCCCUGUCCAGGACCAAGGCCCUGAGCCUCACCUCUGUGCGGAUCCAGGAGAAAACAGCAUCACAGCACCCGAGCCUCAGGAAGAGGCAUUGACAAGUGAAACUGCACAACUCUGAAGAGAAACGAAGCUACGUAACCCCAUCUGCCCAGAGAAGUCCAGGACGCAAGCCACACCCACUCCAUGUUCUCAGGCAGUGAGUGCUUCCUUAGCCUCGGACCUGUCUUCGCUGGAGUCUGAGGAGCAGCCAUAGGGAGAGGGAACACUUGACUCAAGGUUGGAGCAUUAAUAAAAGCAGGGCUGUAAUAAUGCUAACGCCAAGCAUCUAUAGGCAUGUCCACGCAUUCUCAGAGGAGGACAUAUGUCCAGCUAUCCACUAACUUGGCAAAGACUUAAAGAUUUUCAGAUUACUGAAUAAAGUGUGAUUAUGACUAA